AUGGGUCUCCACAAAGAUAACCUUCUCAUCACUUCUGCGAAUAGGCUCGGAAGAUACUCCGGAUCCAAAGAGCAUUCUUCGGACCCUCAUCAGAUCGACUAUUCCGGUGGCUGGCGGUCAGGCCCUACUGAAGAAUGGUAUAUGGAGCAACCGAGCACCAAGUUUACCAAACUGGAGUAUCGCAAAAUGCGCGAUGGCUGGAAACACGAGUAUAUCGUUGUGGAGCUUGACAACGGUACCGUAUGCCGGUUCGACAGGCAAGGAAAGAGAGAGGUCUGGGCAAAUGGGCUCACAGUCGAAGGCCUCGAUGCAAGCGAUACAGCCCACGUCAUUAGGAAGGAUGACGAGAAAUAUUAUCCUCCGAUUAUCAACGAAUCUGAAGUCGUCCUACGAAUGCACUUUCCGGACGGGCAGGAUAUUUUAACGAUACUCGGCAUUUGCUAUGGUAUUCAACGAGACGGAGAGACGGAACAUUACUCGCUCUUUCGAUACAAUUGCUACUUCUUCUCCUGGACAAUCGUAACUGCUCUUGCACGACGGACGGUUGACUGGGCGCUCCUAGGUAGCAACGCUAAGCUUUGGGACGAACUUGUCAAAACGACUAUGGCCGGGAUUAAUUCCGAUGAGUCGAGACUCGACCGACUCAAAUCAAGCACACGUUCCAUGUUCGGAAAAAAGUCUAACGCCCCCAUUCCUCCAUCUUCUGGCUCAGCAUACCUUCUCAGCACGCUACAAAUUGCACUAAGUCACACACGCUCCAACGUCAAGAAAAACCUCACCGAAUCACUUCUUAAAUCAACAGUCGAGAAAAAUAUCCUCGAAAUCACCGAAAAGUCAUCCAAAUCUGCCGCCGAAGAUGCCGCCCGGAGUCAUGCCUCUCAAGCCGCUCGGGAUGCGUCAUUUGAAGCAGUGAUCGAGGUGAUGUGGGGAACCCUGCUUUCCGAACAGGAUGGUAUCCAACUGUGGGAGGACAGAUGCAAGAGGACAGAAGACUGCGUUCGAAAGGCUUCGGCAGCAGCAGCCGACGCUGCCCUAACCUUCCCGCUUACACCCCCUGCUACACCCCCUGUUUCCGGCGACCUGGGCUCAGCGACUGCAUCUAUUCGAGAGGCCUGGGAAGACGCUUGGGAUGACACGUGGAAUCAGAACUGGCUGGUGAAGUCCAAAACCAAACCGGCCACUUCACGUAUUGCGUUGCUUGCCAAGGCGGCAUGGAGCAAAGCUUGGAAGGACGCAACCCUUGCAAAUGAAAUCUAUGUGCCGUUGGUGAGCAAUGGGGUGGCCACCUAUGUGAUGAAUCAUUUACCUGAGGCGGUGAUCAAGAUUGAUAAAACAGCCCCAGGAGCCGUUAAACGGAUGGUAAAAUCGCUCACUUCAUCAGAUACAUCUCAUAGCGAGCUGCAGAGAUUUAUUCAGGCUCGGAUCUCAGAGUUUGUCAAUCGUCUUUCUCAUGUUCCGACUGCCGGAGUGACCAGCGAGAUUAUCGAGGAGUCCAUGACACGUAUUUGGGUCACAGUUACUCAGCUGGAGGACCUGGCUUUUUCGACUCCUUAA